UUUGACAAUUCACCUUCUAGGUUGUUUCUUUGGUACUUGGAGCUGCUAGUAAACAGUGUUCGUAAAAAAAUAUGAAGUAGAAUCCGAAAUAUUGGGAUAUCAUGUAUCCUGAAACUUGUCUUUUCUCCAUGUUAUUUAAUAUUGAUUCAACGCGGUGCUUUGUGGAUCCCAAAUUGCAAAUGUGUUUGCAUUUAUAUUGCUUGGCAUGUGAGAAUGGAUGUUUGCUCCCGUUUCUGUUUUCCAUUGAAGACUUUGUGGAUAAGAUCAUUGGCUUAGAUCUGAUUGGCAAGUGAAUAAGUUGGAUAGAUGGUCAUUCAUUUGGUGUAAAUGUGACAUCUUUUUUUGUAAUCAAGGGACGUAUUUAGGUCAGAAUUUUCUGUAGAAACAUGCCUUCUUGGUGGGGAAAGUCUUCAUCAAAAGAAGCAAAUAAGAAAGAAAACAAGGAGAGUAUCAUUUAUGCAAUACAACGGAAAUUUAAGAGUGGAUUUGAAGAUAAGAGCAAUAGUAGAUCAGGAGGGUCUCGGAGACGGCGUAGUGAUACUAUCUCAGAAAGGGGGUCUAUCUCUAGGGUGCCAUCACGAUCACCAUCACCUUCCACUCAAGUAUCACGAUGUCAAAGUUUCGUAGAAAGGCCUCAUGCCCAACCACUUCCCCUUCCCAAAGUACAACUGUCUAGUGUAGGACGUACUGACUCUGGCAUCAGUACAUCAUCAAAACCUGAAUUUGACAGAAAAUCCAAGCCAAUGCUAUUUUUUCCCCUUCCAAAGCCUGAAAAUGUUCCAAACAGGGCAGAUCCUACUGAUGCUGAAGGAGAUAUAGCCACUGCAUCAGUUUCUUCUGAUAGCUCCAUUGAUAGUGAUGAUGCAUCUGAAUCACGUAUUCUUAGUCCCCUUGCAUCUGACUAUGAAAAUGGAAACAGAACUACCAUGAACAGCCCAUCGAGUGUAAUACGCAAGGAUCAAUCCCCUCUUUUCAACCAAAAGAACACAAAAGAGCUAUUGAAGCCAGCAAAUCUUCUCUUCAAUAAUCAAACUCUGUCUACAUCACCUAAGCGGCAGCCUCCAGGCAUGCAUAUGCAAAAUUUACAAAUUCCUCACCAUGGUGCUUUCUGGAGUGCUCCUGAUAGUUCGAUGUCAAGUCCUUCUAGGAGUCCUAUGAGAGCAUUUGGCACUGAACAAGUUAUGAACUGUGGUUUCUGGGGAGGAAAGCCUUAUCCAGAUACAGCUUCUGCACACUGUUCUAGUCCAGGUUCGGGUCACAAUUCUGGGCAUAAUUCAGUAGGAGGGGAACUAUCAGGACAACUGCUUUGGCAGCACAGCAAAUGUAGCCCAGAGUGUUCACCAAACCUUAGCCCCAGAAUGACUAGUCCUGGGCCCAGCUCCAGGAUACACAGUGGAGCUGUCACCCCUCUGCAUCCACGAGCUGGAGGGACAGCUGCAGAGUCACCUACAAACAGGCCUGAUGAUGGGAAACAUCAAAGCCACCGAUUGCCCCUUCCCCACCCUCUGACAAUUUCUAAUACUUGUCCUUUUUCUCCUACAUAUUCAGCUUCAACAACUCCUUCAGUUCCACGUAGCCCUGGGAGGGCAGAAAAUCCAACAAGUCCUGGUUCACGCUGGAAGAAGGGACGACUUCUUGGGAGGGGCACUUUUGGACAUGUAUAUCUUGGUUUCAACAGUGAAAGUGGUGAGAUGUGUGCAAUGAAGGAGGUAACUCUGUUUUCAGACGAUGCAAAAUCAAGAGAGAGUUGGCAGCAGCUAGGGCAAGAAGUUGCUUUGCUAAGUCGCUUACGACAUCCAAAUAUAGUGCAGUAUUAUGGAUCAGAAACCAUAGAUGAUAAACUAUAUAUAUAUUUGGAGUAUGUUUCUGGGGGAUCCAUCUAUAAGCUGCUUCAAGAUUAUGGCCAGUUUGGUGAAAUAGCUAUUCGCAGUUAUACUCAACAAAUUUUAUCUGGACUUGCAUAUUUACAUGCCAAAAACACUGUGCAUAGGGACAUCAAAGGAGCAAAUAUAUUAGUAGAUCCCAAUGGCCGAGUGAAACUGGCAGAUUUUGGGAUGGCGAAGCAUAUAACUGGUCAGUCUUGUCCAUUAUCAUUCAAGGGAAGCCCCUAUUGGAUGGCACCUGAGGUUAUCAAGAAUUCAAAUGGUUGUAAUCUUGCUGUCGAUAUAUGGAGCCUUGGCUGCACUGUUUUGGAGAUGGCUACAACUAAACCACCUUGGAGCCAGUAUGAAGGGGUUGCUGCUAUGUUUAAAAUUGGAAACAGCAAGGAACCUCCUGUGAUUCCUGAUCACCUGUCAGAAGAUGGAAAGAACUUUGUGAAACUUUGUUUGCAUCGGAACCCACAGAAUCGUCCUGCAGCAUCUCAGCUUUUGGAGCAUCCAUUCGUUAAAAGUGCUUCUCCAUUAGAAAGACCUAUUGUCAGUGCUGAGCCUUCUGAAGGACCACCUGUAGUAAUGAAUGCUGUGAGAUCUCUGGCUGUUGUAAAUGCAAGAGCUAAUUCGUCCAUAGAUUCAGAUGGGACAAGUAAUCAUCAGUCUAGAGCCUCAAAAUUUGGUUCAGGAUCCAGUGAUGUGCAUACAUUAAAACAUAUUUCAUGUCCAGUUUCCCCAACCAGGAGCCCACUUCUACAUUCUAGAUCACCAAAACAUAUGAGUGGAAGGAUGUCUCCUUCUACCAUAUCUAGCCCCCAUGCUACAUCUGGUUCAUCCACACCACUCACUGGUGGCGGUGGCACUAUCCCAUUUCAUCACCUGAAGCAGCCAAUGACCUACUUGCAUGAAGGCAGUGGGAUGAUCCAGAGGUGUCAAAAUAGUUUCUAUUCAAAUGGUAGUUCACCCUAUAAUGAGUCGUUGCCCGAUCUUUAUCGAGGGAUGCCACAGGCUUCUCAUGCUUUUCGGGAUAUAAUUUCUGAUAGUUUUGCACAUGGGAACCAGAUGGGACGGCCUGCCCCCAGUGACCCCAAGGAGUUUUAUGAUGUGCAGUCAGUUUUGGCCGACCGAGUAUCUCAGCAGCUCUUGAAAGAUGUAAAGCUGAAUCCAUCCCUGGACUUCAAUCUAAACUUACCAGUGCUAGAUCGUACGGGUGGUAUCUAAUUGACUUUGAAGUUCCUUAUGGAAGCAGGCUUCCAGGUGUAUGUCAGAUUCCUCUUUGAUGCUUUUAAGGUGGUAGCAUCACAGGGAACUUCUUUUUUUUUUUUUUUUUUUUUUUUUUUUUUUUUUUUUUUUGGGGUAGAAAUUGAGAAGCUGGAUGAAUGACAAUUUGUUUGGUAUCCUGGAAGCCUCAGCAGCGAAAACGGACCAAGAUUUUGAAAGGCUCAACUGCUCAGUCACCAGGUAUGCAGCAUUCAUGGCAAGAGGAUUUAAACCAUAUACUGCAGUUUUAGUGAUUGAAGCGUUUAUCCUUUGCAGAGUUUGUGUGGGGCGUCUGGGUAUUCAGCAGUUAGCAAUUCCUUAAAAAGGGGGAACCUGUCUGCUACUGUAAAGAAAUGUAUAUUUUCAUUGCACCUGAAAAAAAAAAAAAAAAAAAAAAAAAACAAGAAAAAAAAAAAUCAAAAAUGUUAGAAGAUCGAUUACCGUUUGCCCUGAGAAUCAUUUUUUGUUUUCCUUUUUUAUGGGAGGAAAGAGGGUGUUGCGGCAAAAAAGAUUAUUGUACAGGAGGCUGGGAACUAAUAUUGGAGUCGAGAUUUUGUGAAGAUGGCAAUAAAUUUGCCAAACUUUGUUUCUGUUAACCAAGUAUCAGUUUUAUGGCAGAUAGUCCAUAAUGGGCUCGUACUGCUGAAUACUUUUGUAUCUAAAUUAUACCCUGCAUGAAAUACAAGAAAUCUAAUUCAUAUGGUA